GACUCGCACUUUCGAGCGAUUGACGACAAUGAGCUUGUCUACAAGACCCUUCUCAAGGAAAGCAGUACGGAACUCCUGCCAGGUGAUUUCGCGGGACGAUGGAGUAGCUGAACUCGACAAAGCAUAGAAAAUGGCAGCGGUAGUAGCAAGAAUCGCGAGUUGGUUUGCACCAAAACCAUUGUUCCCCGGAGGGGGAGGAGGUUUCUUGGACUUCUGCUCACCCGAGGAAUCGUCUUUCUCGGACCGUGUUUGCUGUGUCUGCUGCUUCUGCUGGUGAUACCGCUGGAAAAAGCCUUCGAGGCCCUUCAGUGGAUCUUCCUUCUUGUCUGCAUCUGCCCGCACAUCUUUCUUCUCAUCAGCCUGUUUCUGUGGCUCCUUUCUCUUCUCCUCUGCCUGCUUUCCUUUCUCCUCUGGCCUGGAGUCUUUGCUUUGAUUCGAGUCUUGCUUAGGCUGAUUAUCUGGAGGAGUAGCAUACGACCGAGACCAUUGUAGCCUUGUGUAUCUUGGAAGGCAUGCAAUGCGUCGAGUCGCAAGGCCCGAAGCACGCAAAGAACGAGGGAUCAUGAGAGGAGAAGGAGAGUUGGUUUGCACCGAUUCAACUUGUGCGCUUGUUGCCUGUUGGCAACUGAUGUCUGCAACAGCCUGAGUGCACUGACCUCUAUCAUUCAUUUCUUGUCUUCAUGCUCAAGUCCAUGGACGCCGUGCCCAUAUCGCAUGGCUCUACGACUACUGCAAUCAUCUGUCUUGCUCCGUUAUCGAAAGUCUCAUAACGUUCGCUUGCUUAAUUUCGUCGCAAACUAUCAUGACUUUAUUCGCUUUGCCACGCCAGGCGGAUCCGGACGUAUAGCUCUGCGUAAUCCUAAGAUUAUUGGCGUAGCCUCUUCCAGAGGCAACCGAAAUCACCAGGAAGAUUUCUAUUCAUAUGCAGCGUUGUCGUUGAACCCAGAAGAGCUACGCUUAACUUUGGAGAAGGCGCGCUAUUAUGAUUGGGAUCCUUCCAACCUCCCACCCUUGCUUGCUCGACAGCUUGUCUUUGUGGGUAUAUACGAUGGUCACGGAGGGUCCACGGUUUCGCAAUUUCUUCGACAGGAAUUACAUGGUCUCUUCGAAUCUGUAGACAAAUCACAAGUACCGGAAGUAUAUGCAUGGGUCAAGGAGCUAGAUGGCUACUUCCGAAGAUUCAAAGGAGGAGCAUUGGCUCCUUGGGUGAACCCAGAUAAACCAGAGGCAAAGCAGGAGUUUGACCUUGAGGCCAGAGCGACACUCGCGUUCUUCCAGGUAGACAAAGCAUUAGAUACCGAGGCCGCCGCGCAAGAAUGUGGGGCAACGGCUUCGGUUGUGCUACUUCGGUCUCUUGACUGUCCCCAGCUUCCUUUUUUUGGGUCAGCGAAGGUUGCACUCACGGUUGCUCAUGUUGGUGAUACCCGUGUACUGCUGACUGCAACAGACGGCAAAGUCACGCCUCUAACAGAAAAUCAUCACGCGGAUGCACGCGUCGAGGCCAUCCGUCUACGUAAGAUGAUGGGUACUGGUCUCAUCACAGAUUCCUUCGGUGAAGCAAGGUGGAUGGGCGCAUUAGCCAAUACGAGAAGCAGUCUUGGAGAUCUUAAAUUUAAGCCACUCGGUGUCACCGCAGAACCCGAGGUUAGAACAUUGGUUGUAGAUGGCCCCAAAUACUCACACAUCACAUUACUUUCCGAUGGAAUAUCAUCCUGUGCGUCGGACGAAGAGAUAUCCGAUCUAGCUCGAGGUGCAGCAACGCCUCGAGACGCUGCUAAAACCAUUUUGGCAUAUGCGGAAGAUAUGGGUUCUGACGAUAAUCUGACUGCUCUUAUUGUUCCCCUUGCUGGAUGGGGCCAAUUAACUGGGGAAGAUCGCACGAAGCCGCUGCGGGAAUACCGCAUUCAGGAAAUGGCUGGAUUUGAACGUCUACGGAGAAUGUAAGCUGGUGUAGAAUAGAACCUAUCUCACUAGUGUUUUAAUGCUUCCACGGGACAAGGGGUUUUUCCAGGACAUUAUUUUGUACUCGGCGCAGUUAUGUAUUCUAUAGACAAUCUUCAAUUUCAACUCAUCUUGGACUCUCU